UCUCCUCAGCUUCUAAAUGAAAGUGGACUGGUAGAGAGUCACACUUAUGAAGUGGACGCAUGGUUGAUUCAGCUGCGAGAAAGUCAGACGCAUGAUGGACAAGCAGAUUCACUUCUGAGGUUUCUAGAUGAAGUAUUCUGUGCAGUGGCCGCUGAACCAUAUGAGUACACAGAAAUUGUAAUAGAAAUGCAGGCACAAGCAGCAGCAGCCGAGGCUAGUGUGGCACAGACUGGGGUCGAGUCAUCACAGUGGAACAUGUCUAACACAAGGUCUGUCAGAACUGUAGUACGCAAGGUUGUAUAAUUAUUGAAACAUCUUUCAUAUCUAUUUUCGUACGUAGAAAUCUUUCAGUUAAAGACCGUCUAUCCCGUAUUAGUAAAAUUUUACUAGUAUACGGUCGUAAAUUGGCUGACGUACUCACUAUCGGUUUGAUACUGAUACUGAGCGGUGAAAACUGGGUCAUUGACCAAUAAAUACUCUGUCCUUAUUUUUCUGUCCUUGCGAAAGAAUAAUGGUAGAGCUUAAAUGAAACGAUUAGAAGGCGAACUCGAGAUUUCUUUCAGCGGUUAGUGGACGAGUUACAAAGCCAGCAGUUAAGACGCCUUAGACCUUCAAAAUGUUGGUAUGCGCAAUUGUACAACACUUCUGACUCCUGUAACUCCCAAUCAAAACACCCAUGGAUAAAAUCAAUAUCUUACUUACUUUGUUCGAAAUUCUUUUACCUUAAGGUAUUUCUUCUGUUUCAGACUCCCCGUCAGUCUAUUGCUCAUUGGAGCGUUAAAACGUUAUUCUGAACUUCUCUGUAAAGUGAACAAGCAUGGUGACCAGUCAGCUGCGAGUAAUAUAGGUGGGUACUUUACGUCACAGUGUUGUUUUAGGAAAACAUACCCAAGUACUGAGAAACCUCUAUAAUACAGUCUUGCUAGGUCAAGUGUACCCGUAUAGAUUCUAUAAAUAGAUUCAAUCAUUUGUUGAAAAUGGUAUGGGCAUAGUGGUGAGAACAGUCCCCUCCCACCAAUGUGAUCUGGGUUGAAAUCCCGACGUCGACGCCAUAUGUGGGCUGAGUUUGUUGUUAGUUCUCUCCCUUGCUUCGAGAGGUUUUUCUGCGGAUACUUUGGGUACUCUCCUCAAAACCAACACUCCCAAAUUCCAAUUCGAUCACGGACGCCUUUUAACGAUUUCUCAAGAACCCUUUAAGUGCUUCACGGGUUAACAAAUUACAAAUUACAGUUUACAAUUAAUGGAAUCCGUUAGUCGUUGUCAAUAUCACAUUCAUUUCUUCAUUCUUGCAUACGUAAUGAGCAGUGAAUUUACACGCGUGAUGAAAAACAUUUCUGCUAGCUUAACUUUGUUUUUGAGUUCAAUCUGUAUUUUCAUAGGAAUUUUCAUCCAUUUAAAAUGUGAAAGAUUUUUCAGUCUGUUCCAGUACAAAGAAGUUGUAGACUUACAUUGCUACUCAUUAGAGCGGUUUUCACUUGACUGUCGUAAAACCAAAACCAAAGUAAAUACACUAGCCAACCAAAGGGCGUAGUAAAACCAAAACCAAAACCAAAACCAAUCCCUUCGACAGUCAAGUGAAAACCGCUCUAUGCAUGCAGGAAUACAGAUUUGAAUUUAAUACCAGUGGCGGUAAUUACCAUUGCACUGUGGAUUCACGGCUUUUAAAAUAAUCAGUUCGUUCGUAGAAUUGAGGGGUACGCUUACCCUUGCUUAUCAGUAAGCGGGAAAGAUGAAUGUCGUUGGUUAGAUCCUAGUAUAGGAAAAAGAGAGAAAGAACGCGCUAUGCUACCAUUGCUAUUGGCACUACAUUUUGCUUGAUUUAUUGUAGGUGUUAUUUAUCUCUUACAAACUUUACUUAUAUUUGUUAAAAUACGUUUUUGAAAAUGUGUGAUAUUACUGUGCGUGGUUUGACACUUUUUAACGUGGGCUUAAAUAUCAAGAGGACAUGUACAAUACUUACAGAAAGUCACAGUCUGCUACCAGUCCCCAAGGACUACCAGGAGGGAGAGCAUUUUAAGAACCAGCGAACCAGUUCCUUCUCUUUUUGUUCCAUUCCUCAAGUCUCGUUGUGACAGCUUGCUUUGUACGUCAGUUGAGAAAGGACUAGCUUGUAUCUAGUUGUUAAGCAUUCUUUAUCUUAGAAUCUUUAUACUUCCUAGGAGGCAUUGCACGAUACAUGAAUUGUUUGGUCUUCGAGAUGAUCCACAUUUCUUCAAAUCCAGAAAUUCUUUGUUUCGCCGUUUGCCAUUACUAUACUGAAAUGGUAGUGGCGGACCAUUUGAAUGUCAUAAGAAGUCUGCAUGUAGCCUUACUGCAGUAUGUAAGCAACUGGCUUCCUAGUGCGGUUCAGAUACAGGACAGCAUUGGAUAUGCCCCAGAAAAUCUACAGAAGGUGCAACGUUUUUUGAACAAUCCCGCUGUAAACAGCGAGCAAGGUAAUGUUAAGGUGACUCGAACCAGUUUUUUGGGGGGGGUACCAUGCUACUUUGAGGCUCUCUGGUAUCCCCAAUUUUAUAUUGUUAUAUUGUAGAUUGAUCUAUAUGUUAUCCAUUCUAUGUGUUUGACUUACGAUAAAAGUAAAGGUGGGGAUACCAGAGAGCUUCAAAGUAGGAUGGUGCCCCCCCCCCAAAAAAACUGGGUCGAGUCACCUUAAGAAAGCUACAAAGUAUCGUAUAUGUACGUCAUAAAAAACAUGCCACGCGUUUUGCAAUAUGGCUCCUUCAGCUCUGGUGAAAAAAUAAAUGUAAUUUAAACUCUAUUUUAGGUGCUAGGGAAGUUUUGUACUUAGAAUUUCUGCUUAGUUUUACCGACAUGAGAUCUUACUGUUCACCAUGAACAGUCUAAGCACCUUAAUGACAUGGUGACUCCAGGAGACUUCGUUCGUUUGAAGAAAAACAUGGCGACAGUGCCAAACUUUCCGUCCAUUUCAACUUCCCCCUAACUGUACGUUGGAUGGAAUGACGUCAUGCACAAUCCAAAACGGCGACUCACAAUGGCAAUUUUGUAAGGAUCAGAUAGAAAAUAGUCAAUAGUUACUUAAGACGCUGUUAUCUUUUGUUGUUGUUGUUGUUAAUCGAAACAUAGUUUCUUUCCCUGAGUGACCUGCUGAGUUAUGUUGUCUCAACGAUCAAAUUUUUCAGUAUUUGCCCUUCGGCUUACGUGUGUGUCCGAGGUGUUUCAAUAUGCCAGCAGAUGAGAUGAGCUGGCAUGCAGUAGCCUCGAAAAUUAAAAACGAGACGUAUGAGUCCUUACUGUGGAAAUAACAACAGCAAAGAGCGAUUCGUCUCUGACAUUAUAGCGCAUUUUAUCCCCUUGGGAUAAGUUCUGUCCUCGAGUGUUCAAACGUCGAAUAGCGCUAUCCGCGGGAUAAAUCACCAUCCAACGGGAUAAGUAUUAGGGAAACCUAUUGCAUUAUCUUCUGGAUAGUGAUUUAUCCACUGGAUAGCGUUAUCCACCUUUUGAACAACUGGGGCCUGUUUUUUGGAGAUCAUGAUUUUUUUGGAGAGAUGGGUGAAAGAAUGAAAGCAUUUUUGUUGUUGUUUUGUUUUUUCGUAGAGAAAAGAGCAUCGACUAGAGAAUUGUACUAUCUCCUGGAGGCAAUGGAUGAUGCGCAGUUCAGAACAGUUAUUGUCGACUGCGUUGAAUUUUGCAAGCAUCAACUCAGUGCAGAUUUCUCACCACUUGCUCAAGUUUUGCAAGUCAAGAAUUACAAAAUCACAGGUGAUUACGCAUGAUUUACACUGCGACCAGAAAACCCGUGAACACUUGAAAUAUCUCAGGAAUGUUUAUUGUGUUAUGACCAAUCACAACAAAGACCAGGACACAUGAACUGGCCACAAUACCACAAACUAAUUAACGAGCUUGCUUGUGGUUUAGUUUUCUCUCGCCUGAUUGCCUUUUCUCUUGGAACACAAUAACAUUCCAGGAAUAUUUCUGGUGUUCAUGGUUUUCCGGUUUAGUUGUAAGUCUAAAUCUUUAGUUUUUCCUACCUAGGCAUUAGUCACAGCCAUAGUUUAAAGUUGCCUGUACUGCAUGAUUCCAUUGCUUACCUAAAAUAUCGAUUGUCGUAGUCACAACCAGGAACGGAAAAAAGAAGCCAAUCGCAAUACUCCAUUUAUGUCUUGCCGUUCCUGGAGGGUCGCCGACGUUGUAGCUUUCGAUCGAUUAUAGACAACGGCGUUUAAAGCGAAGAAAAGAAACAUUGAGGCGGUUAUAAGUUAAUUUGUUUAAAAGAAGUGCUAAAUGGAGAUCGGUCGCUCUUUAGAGGUUUGUCAUAAAUUAGGGAGCUGGAGCAAAGACGUUUUUGAGUAACGCACUUUAACCGGAAGUGGACUUUUGGCAUUCUUGUACAGUGAUUUUGCUCCAAUUUUUGGGUAAAUCGUCUCUAUAAUAGUAAAGAAACUUAGCAAUACAAAUUUGUUAGCGUCAAGGCAUGUUAAAAGGGAAAAGGCCUCACUUCCGGUUGACAUGCGUCGCUCAAAAACGUCUUUGCUUAAGCUUCCCCACUUUAGCAGAAACGUUACUGUAUUUUGAAACAAACUCGCGACGGGGGUACCGUUACCGAUCCACAGUCAGUCAUUACCUUCCAGGUCGGACUUAAAUAAGUGGCUGCAUAAUCGAGGUUCAACUGUACUAGCUGAUUACUAUAAGUAAAUGACUCUUGACCGAUAGAUGGUCAAUAAUUAUAAUUUUAAUUUGACAAGAAGUUCUUUAGGCGUGACAUUUACUUUUCUUUCUUUUAUCACCCAGGCGGUGCAACUACAGAGAGCUUGGCUCCUUUGCUCCGAGUCCUUCCAUUCAGUUCCCUUCUGUGGCAAGUACUAAGUGGAACAGCUCGCAAUGAGAUAACACUUUCUGAUAAGCUUCCCUCGAACACCUCUUGCAUAGUCAAUGACAGUUCAAGUCUCCUUUACGACUCUUGGUUCCAGAAUCUCUUGAUGGCUUCUUUGAAGAAAGAGCCGAUGUCAAAAACCAUUCCUCUUUGUCGGUAUCUCCUCCUACAUUUACACUCCUUGAAAUCAAAACUGUUAACUGUUACCGUUUCAGUCAGGCAAGACAAUCUCCAAGCUGCAAUGUUGUUGUGUUUUGAACUGCUUCAGUCUCUGAUACAAAGAUUGGUAGAAAUCCGAGAGAAUUCACACAAAACAGAUGCAAAUGCGCUUGACGCAAAUACUGAUGAUUUUGCUCGUAGUUCAGAUAUAAAGCAUACUGUCUCUGAAACGGAUGAUAAUGGUUUAAGUGACAUGGAAUACAUGAUCUGCACUGUUUUUCACCAUCCUGUAAUCCUAAGCUGCUUCCUUUGGUACCCAGAGCAGUCACUGCCACGCACCUCUCUUCAGGAUGUUGCUGUUCAGCUUACAUAUCAUGUAUCCAACCUGCUUCUUGCUCUGCUCCCAAGUCUAACCCGGCAGCAGAAGAGUAUCUUGAUGGCUCCUUUUGUUAAGAAGUUAAUCAGUGCUGGAAUGUCCGAAAUUCAAUCUGCAGAAGAUGGAAAUGGUAAUAAAUAGUAAAUACGCGUACUUUGAAUCGGUAGCUUUAUGCAGCGUAGCUAUUUCAGCUGAUUAGUAUUGCUGGAGGAAUGGUUCUUGCACAGCCUCGCUAUUGUUCAAGCUUAAGAGCAUUUUAUGGGGUUUCCAUAGAGUGGUUCUGGUGGGUCAUUUGCACAAUGAUGUCAUUUGACUACAGCUACUAGAAUCCUUCAUUUUUUUUAUGUGCAGAUCAAGGCUAUUGUUUUAAAACCUCAGUGGGAUUUACAAAUUUGAAUAAGAAAGCAAAACCGAAUUCUGGUAGUUGUAGUUAACUGACGUCAUCGUCAAAAUGGCCGGCUAUUGUAGUAAUAUUGUAAUUGUAUUACUAAGCUUAGUGAUUGGCUGAAACAUAUCACGCGCCACUUCCUCCAACAAUCAGUAGAAACUCAAAACUAUUCUUGACUUACUUGACGUCAUUUUUCCGCGCUUGGUAUUGUCUGCUAUUGUUUCAAUAUCACACCUAGACUGGACACCGAUUUGACUUGACUACGUAUGAAAUCAAAGCUAUGUAGUUGUUGUUGUUUAAAAAAAAAUCACGGGGAACUAAUGUGCAUUUAUUCCGUUACAGAGACGCCAUACUCACAGACAUUCUAUCUCCUUGGACUCUUCCAUAGCUAUUGCGACAAAGAAGAGCGAGUGAAGUUGAUAUCCAGUUUAUGUAAGCUGCCUCCCAGCUUUUUGUUGGCAAUAGAUUCAUCAACCAAGGAGAGGACGCCAACUGCAUUUCUUCUCACUCUUCUGAAAUUCUUAGAAGGAACAUCACCAUACGAAGACAGAUAUUCUCAUCCGUCAUUCACUUUCUGCAAAGAUGUAAUAUUAGAGAGAGAAGAACCGCUUUCAGUGUCGCAUUUCAUGCAGCUUGUCAAGAUUUCAAAGGAUGUAAACUGCUCUCAAUUAGACUCUAUUGUUUUGAAGCUCUUGCAGGCGUCUUUGGCGUAUGUGCAAGCUUCAACAGCGACUGUCUUAAAUUCUUGUCUUCUUCACCCAACAGAAGUUAAAGUUUCAAUCGCUUCAUAUUUGGUCACACAUUCUCCUGCCUUGAGGUCGCAUUUUGAACUUUGUUGCUUGAGCAGAUCAAAUUCUAGGAAGAAAGUAAAAGGGAGUAACAGUAGUUCAGUAGUUUCUAUAGAAUUCAAGGAUCAUUUGAGAGAAUUCGUUCCGCUAGUUUCAUCCUACCUUUUGUCCGUCCGUGGAGUGACUGGUGAGGGUAAGUUCACUCUAUGUCCGUUGAGCAACUGACAAUUUGCCACUUUAGGUACGAGAACUGAGGAACCAGGGCCGAGUUGACUUUCGCAAAGACUUUUGGGAUUGUGACGAGGGACUGGGUCAGUAUUAGAUCCCAUCGGCCUAAACGCCUUGGGCACCUUAUGAAGUUUACACAACGUAAUAUUCUUUAUUGCUUCUGCACUGCACGUAAAUGAAAUUUCCAAGUUUCUUGACAUUUCUGCUCCGGAAAUGUUCAUGAAAGUGUAAGUCUCUUCAAUUUUUAAGGGGCAAAAAAUCAGAAGAGCAAGAGUAAGAAUCAAACCCGGAGCGUAGUGUCUGCAGUCCAUCACCUACACCACUACGCCACUGAGAAUUUGCUGGCGAGCGUUGGUUUGAUUUGAAGCUAUAUAGCAACGACCUUAACCCUAAAUAGAAGCUAACCGUUUCGAGUCAGUGCUUAAUCCUAAUCACUAUUUUCAUUGCUUAACCCAAUCAAUAUUUUCAGGGCUUUACCCUAAUCAGUAUUGUUGCUUAACCCUAAUCACUAUAGUCAGCGGUCGAAACCAAAGCGUCAAGGAAUAGUAGGUUGUGUAAACUUCGUAAGGUGUCCAAGGGGGUUUUGGCUGAUAGGAUCUAAUACUAACCAAAGAAUAAUUUGGCUUCUAGCUUACCGGGGUGUCCCCUGUAACGAUCCCAAAGACAAUAGCCGGACGCUUUUCGGCUCCAGGGCCCUACUCCCCUCUAAACUUUCAAACUGACUACAUAGCAAUACAAACGCUAAUUUUCUUUGUUACUGAAUUUACCACAGUGAACAUAUGCAAUGAAAUUUUUUUUUUGACAGCAAUACUCCGUUGCUUCAUGUCGUCUUGGUGUCGGCCAUUACGAUGGAAAGAUUUCCGUACAACCCCACAAAUUUAUUGUGUAUGCAGCAAUCUCAUAAUUUCACACAAAUAGUAAAUAAGAAUAAAGUAUAAACAUGUAUGCAUGUAUGGAGCUGAGCGGAAAUCAUAUCAUAAAGUGUUGCACGUUUUUAAUAUCAUAUCAUGAAGUGUUUCACGUAUUUGAUGGCAGUUUUCAGCAAAAUAGUAAGGUUCAGUUCCAGAGUUCUAGUAAGGCAGGUUCCAACUUUAAUGUCAAGAUUCGCUUUAACUAGACAGUUUUGUAUGACACUACUUUACAGUUAAAACUCCAAGACACGGCAAACGUUAACUUGUUUGUUAGCAUGUAUUUGCUUAUUUUACACAGUCUUUUUUUCAUUUUUACAUCUUGUCAGGUAAAACCAGAACACGAGCCGUGAUCUCACACCUGGUUGAAGCGUACUGGGAUCCACUAUGGGGCUGGCUCGUUAAUAACAGAGAGGGAAUUUUCAAAGCCUCAGAGGUUAGAGAUUUUCUAGAAAAACAGAACAUCAGAACGUUAAAUAAAGACUUAAGAUGCAACCAAAUGCAAGCGUACUCACUCAAUGUCAUUGCUAAAAAAAAGUCUCCAAACCCUCGCCUUAACAUUUUCAAAUUUACGUCAAAAUUCAUUGAAGAAAAUUCCAAAUUCCCUAACAGUAACUUCAUCACCAAUUUUUCUGUUUUUGUUCUCCUUUUUCAUUUUGCCGUUCCCCUGCUCGUUCUUCGUUCCCCGUUUUAUGAAUUUUUAAAUUAUAUGUCUUCUGCUUUGGUAAAGCAUUCAUAUUUAAGGAUUACGCGCCAAUCUUGUCACUGUGAGUUGGUUUUGAAAAGUACACUUACUCUUAAGGUAUUGCAAUAGUAGUUAAAUACUUCAGCUAGUGUUCUUGUUGAUGUUACAGGAACCAUGUGUGGAGUUGAUUAUCACUCUUGUUCACAGCAUGGAAAAAAGAGGUUAGGUCUGCUACGUAACUGAUAGAGCCACCUUAAAAUCAAAAGGUCGAUUAAAGGAAUACAGAAUUGUGCUCUUUAAUAACUGACAUGGCGAGCAGGGUCAGUUGAUUUUGAGGGAGCUUCUGGGCCUUCAUAACUCACUGUUAACGGCAAUCAGACGAGAUUCUCAAAGAAGCUCUGGUAACCAGCGAAAAGCACCGUCGCGCCAGCUGCUUAGAAUCAAUAAUGUUUACGUGGUAUUUGUUUCACAAUACUUUUGGUUGAUAAACCAAACGUAUUAUGCAUUUAAAAAUCAGGCAAAUAGGUACGUAAAGGUGCCGUUAUCGUGAAUAAACUUCUUUCGCUGUCAACCCUGAAUCAAAAUGAUGUAAAAUGCACUUUUCAGGGCCCCCAAGAUUAUCCUGUGACCCCCCUCCCCCCCCCCACCCACACGCCUCCCCUCAACAGGCUACCCCAUGAUUGGAAUUUUCCCGGGGCAGGGGGAUGACCCCUUCCCUUCCCGUGUAUCUCUUAAGGAGUUUGUUGUUCCAAUCACUCUUCUUUCUUUCUUUUUUUUUUUUUAACUUUUAUUACAGCUGACAUUCUUAGGAUGAGGUUUAAUGACCUGUUGACGAAAGCUUCCCUAUGGGACAGGUACGUAGUCUAUCUGGUCAUCUGAUUAGCUGUUUCCUAUGUGAUUUUAAUGCAGUUUAUUUUUUCCCCUGAAUUUCACUUCUGUUUUGCAGUUACCAGUUAAGAAUUUGUUACCAACUUUUUAUGUGCCUUUGUCGUGACUGCCCUACCAAUGAGGAGACCGCUGAUUUUAAAAGCAAGUACUGCUUUGCCUGUAUGGAAUAUUUAUCCGGCUCUUUCAAUGGAAAAGGUAAAUGUUUGUCUCGCCUUUUUACAGCCAACUUACGCUUGUAAGUUGGUUUUCAUGUCAGGGAAAGGAAUCCCAAAGUGGCCUCGUAUUCUUGUUCUGAGAGAGAAUGCGUAACGUGUGACACUUCCUCAAGUAUUUUUAAAAUCAUAUUAGGGCUUGACUGUACACAUUUCCGCCCAUACUAUGAUCGUUGCUAAUGGAACCGCAAUCAAAACUGAUUGUUUGUUUGAAGUGCCUACGUCUUCUGUCACUAGUGAAAGUGUUUACCCUGAUUUUGCUGCAGUGUUUAGAAUUCUUCUGGUUCAAGACUUACCACAGCAACUGACCAGCACUUUUUUCAUAUUUGUAGGUAGCACAAAGGAUACUGAAAAUGCAUUUGACGAUGCUUUGGUUCAUUUGGAAUCUAUUUGUAAGGUACUUGACACUGACUUAUAUUAGGAUCACCAUGAGUUGCACGCUAGUUUGUUAUGAUAAUAGCUAAAGUUCAGGAUGGGAAAGGAAAAGAAGCACAGUAGCGAAUGGGAGUCCAGCAUUGUUUCAACAUAAACAUGUUUCUUCUAAAUUUAUCUGUGUAAAAAAGUCAGCGUAUUAUUGAUUAAUGAUUCGCGAUCGUUCUUAUUAACACUGUAUGUGCCUCUAUUUAUGUAGAAUUCAGAUGCAUAUAUGGUCGGUGAUAAGAGUUGUUAUUCAGUGUGGAACAGCUUUGUAACGAACUGUUUGAGGUAUUUAUCCAUUUAUUUCUGUUACAAUGUAGCCAAUCCAAGAAUGUUCAGCUCAACGCUCUUUCCGAUUAAUGUAGAAUUUAAGGUAGUAUAAGUGCUUUUCAGUGAACAAUCUUACACGUCUUUGGUUUGCAUUUACAUGAGCAUUGUUAAUUGGGCACUUACCAUCAUGCGGAAUUAUUGUUUGUUUCAUAACAAAGGGGCUUCCAACUUUCCUCACUUGCAGCCAAUGGCUGAAUUGCGGAGGAACCAGAGAGGUGAGAUCGGACGUCAGAUUUUAAAGGCGCGCUAUGCUGCCUCAUCACUCCAUGUGUGAUCUCACCUCACCCACCCAGAUCAAUGACGGCACACGUCAGAUAGACCAUGACACCGGGGCGUACGUCUCCUACUCUUUUCGAACAAUGUCACGGGUUCUUUUCCGACUGAUGUAAAGGAUGGAGGAGACAAGGCCAACGGCGUAACGUCACCGCCAAAUGACGCGAUAAUCUGUACUAAGAAAGGGGUUUUUAGUAACAGCUAGCAUGAUCUCACCGCAUUUUAAGAACCUUGGAUAAUAGUCCCGCUGGAGUGUGAACUGAGGACCUCCCGCGCUGCAGACCGACACGCUCUCAACCUACCUGGCCGGGCUGCGGUAUGGUUGCUAUUGGUUGGUGCUUUUCUUUCCUCGCUCAAGGUUGCUGGCCUUCCAACCUGGCCUUUCGUCCUGGGAGCUGUAUUCUCAGUGGUCCAGACCAUCAUGUACCUACCGGCUGCUUUGUGAUCUGAUGGUGGGUAACCUGUUCCAAGCGUCUAGAUGGUGGGGACGGCGCAAAGAGAUGUCUGUCUGCUCAGCAUUUUGCGUUGCUCUCACCCUUAUGAUCCCCAGGAACAGGGUAGAUGGUGGGCGCAUAUGCUCCUGAAAUCUCUAUUCCUUUGUCCCUGUUGAUAACAGAGGAAAGAAGACGACAAAUAUUUGUGUGACAAGUGUGACUGUAAUUAUGUCCUUCCAUCAAACUUCACCUUCCUUUAAACAGAUCUUUUUGUAAAAGACCAGGAAAGAGUAAUUUUAAGUGAAGAUCACGACAAACCAUGCAAGUAAUCGCCCGUCACGUUUGUCACACUCAACCGUUUUUCCUUCUUGUUGCGUAAGCUCUCUAUUGUCUCGGGAAGGUCUCCUAUCAUCACAGUGGACAUUAAAACAAAGUUAAAACAUCGGCCACUACAAGAGCUAGCCUUUUUUGCGCGUCACGAAGAGUACGGUACGUGACAAGCUGUGUUCUGCCUUGUAGCAAUACAUUUGAACCAUUUCUGAUGUGAUUUGUUUCUUCCACAGGUAUAAAUUUGAAAGCGCCAAAGUUCUUACAACUUUGAGAUGUCUUAUUAAAGCAAUGUACAGGAAAGCACCGGGCGAAAAGAAACAGUCUGACACUCUCCUGCCCCUGGACACUUUGUACGAAAUGCUGAUAAGCCAUUCUCAAUUCUUGGACGUGAUUCUAAGUGACGGGCUAUCAGGAAACAAGGACGCAAAAGGUGUGUUCGCAUCUAACAGUAUUAAUAUGUUAUAGUAUCACUGUAAUAAUCGCUGCCGGUUACCGGCCAAGAAAGAUUUUCUGGCCAAGCAGAAAAAGAAAUUCAAAUGUGUCAGGGACUGGUUCAUUUAAAGUAAGUGACCAGGGGCUGUGUUAUAACUUGCAUUCUCUACAGAUUGCCUCCGAUCUCUAACAGUUGGUAUUACAAAAAAUCCUUAUGUGAUUGUCUGUCGUUUUCAUACGUUUUAAUUCUGUUUUUCUCCUUUGUUUUGGUAGUUACUUUGGCUACGUUGCACAAUAAAGGUUGGUUUUCACUAGCGUCGGAGUCGGAGUCGUAAGCGAAGUCGUAAGAGCGCUUAUGACCUAAUUAAGAUUAAAAAUCUGAGUCGUAAGCGAAGUCAUAAGGCCGACGGAAUCAGAGUCAGAAGAAUCAAAACGUUUCCUUUCUUCCGACUCCUUUUACGACUCCUUCGCUUACGUUCCACUUAUGAUCUAGUGAAAACCAGAUUGUCGAAGUCGGAAGCAGAAGCAGAAGGAUAAAUCAAUCACAAUGCACCUUCCCCCGCAUUUUGAUUGGUUUAGUUCUUCCCUUUGUGCUUCCGACUCCGACAAUCUGGUUUUCACUAGAUCAUAAGCGGAACGUAAGCGACGGAGUCGUAAGCGGAAUCGGAACGCUGUUUUCAGUAGAUAAUAAGCUAUACGCAUCUAGGCACGACUCCGACUGCGUCGCUAGUGAAAAGCAGCCUAAAAGAUCUUUAAACCUUCCUGAUUUUAAGAGUAAGAGGGCAUCAUCAAUUUUCAAGGUUGAAUUGUGUUUUGUAUUCUUACAGAAUCCCUCACGGAGCUGAUGGUUACUAUAGUAGUUUUAAGUCCUAGCUGUUGUAAGUCGUCACACUUGCCUGUGCUUUUUGCAGCUUACUCAGCCUCAUUAUCUAUCACAGGUAAGGCAACGUUUUCUACACAUGUUCGUUCUUGACAGUCAGCAUACCUAGCCAAUUUUAUUAACCAGUCAGAUCUAGAGGCAACUGAGUUUUAGUCGACACAUAGGGAAGGAAACAGCAAGCAGACAAUUCACGUUUGAUUUUGGUUCAAACAAUGGAGAGGUAUUUUCAAGCCAAUCGCAUCAUCUUCAUCAUAAUCUUCAUCAUCAUCAUCAUCAUCAUCAUCGUCAUCAACAUCAUUAACAUCAUCGUCAUCAACAUCAUCGUCAUCAUUAUCAUCAUAAUCAUCACCAUCAUCAGCCGACCACACUGCAGUUCGCGUCGAGUUUCCUUAAUCCUUCCUGCCUUGUGUCCUACUCCUAUUCUCUUCUGCCAGUGGUGGGUAGACCUCUCUGAUCACGUGGGCAAUGAAUUUACGGACCAUCAGCUUUACUUGACAGAUUUUGCGGUUUCCAUUCAUAGGCUGGAAAUGUGCUUUUUUAUUUACCAGCUCUAUCUCGGGUGUCCUGAAAAUGUGUCCUAAAUUGUAAGCUGUCGUUCCUGCGAAUUUGCUUUCACACUUCACUAAAACCGGUUUAACAUUGGGCCAGUUUGUCCCACUUAAUUGGUCUUUAAGGUUAACGCAUUUUUAGUUUCCCUCGUGACCUCGUUAUUUGUGCGAUAAGCUUCUGAAGUUAAUGCAUUUGUUUCUAGAUCAGUGCAUUCUGUACUUGAUGAGUCUUUACGAGAAGAACCACGCAUCAUUUAAAGACUACAGGUAUUUUUAAAGAUUCUAAAGAUAUAGUUGAAUCUUUUCUCACGCACACGUCGCUAUUAUGGAUGGCUUGAGAAAACAGCCGACAUAUCGCGACACCACCACUGAUUUCUCCGCGAAAUAACGUCUGAGAAACGAGUACAGAAAUUCCAUACUGAUGACGCGUUACUACCCAGAUUCUGAUUGGCUAAAACUUUUAUUUAACCGUGCUCCCAUAUUAUGGAGUAAACGAAUCGACGAAGGCCACGCCUAUCCUUGAAGUUACUCCUCAAACUUCAAAAGAGAACUUUCUGCUAGUAGUACAAAGUAGUAGGAGACAGUUAAAACCCUUCUACGGGGUUCUAAGAGAUUUACAAAAGGCUACUAAGUAUCAUGCACGAAGAGCCAAGGAUAAUUAAUCAAAUAAAUAUAAUUAUAAAAUAACUAAGAUAGUACUCGCGCUCUGAUUGGCCGAGCGGAGUGUUUACAUGAGAGUAUGUAAACAUGGUUGUGGCGUUAAGUUGUUUGGCUUUUCGCGCGCUAACACGCAAGCACGAUUUGAAAAAGUUUUCGAGUUCAAACCUCGACAAGUUUACUUUAUUUACCCAUUCCUUCGUCGGCUGAAACAUGGAAAAUCUUUACAAAGAAGGUGAAUCAAUUUUUCUCCGCUUAAGCUGACAUUUUAAGCGAGAAAAAUCCGUAUUUUGCAAAGCAUCUUUUUGUAACCCCUCUAGUGUUUAUAUCAGGCUAUGCAAACACGCAAAACGUUUUCUAUUGCUUAAAUGUUGUUACUGUAAUACCGAAUGUGAAUGAACUUCAUUCGGCAUAUGAAUUGUUAAGACAUUUCAGCCAAAGGUGGUAUAUAUCGGAAAGCAAAGCAAUCUUGAUCUCUUCCCCCUCGACUGUUUUUUUCUCACUGGCAGCUUGAUUAGCGCCACAACAGUGUUUGGAGGUGGGGGUUGGGGACGCUGGGGAGGGAAAGCUUGCUUUUCCCUUUUUGAAGUAAGUAUUGUCGCCAAUAUUUUAGACUCGUCGUUGAGGAUAAAGUGUUUUUAGUAGUGUUCUCGUCUAUUGUUAGGAUUCGACUCUGAUUCUUGACACAUAUAUCAACGACUCUUAGGGUCUUUAUGACCCGUGUACUGCUCUGUAAACAUGUCACCUUGGAACAGUUCCGGUUAUUUUCUCGUCUUAUUACAGACCAUUCCUUUGGGGCCCCGCUGCUGCUAGCCAUCAUCAGGUUUCGAGAAGCCUGGGUCCUUCACUAUGGCAACAGCCAAGCGUUACUGAGGUCCUGGAACUGCUGGAUGCCAAGAAAAUGAGUCAGUCAACAGUUUUGUUUCCUCAGACCAGGCUAUUGCAGGUUUGUGUAAGACUUAAUCAUUUACUUUUUCUAUUUGAGCUUGCAGAAGGUUCAUUUUUGUCAGUCUUGUAUUUUUACGCGAAAGUGUGAAGUGGAUUGAGUGGCAAGCUAGGAAGGCAAGAGAUGCCACAAUGAUUACUUAUGUUGUAACAGGCAAGAACUAUAGCGGGAGGUAAAGAGGUUUCUAUUUGGUAAAAAAUAUAUUCGCUUAGAGGACAAUAACACUGUUUCCAAGAUGCGGGGGAGUGCCCGCAGCUUGAUCCCGGGAAGAGUAAAGGACAAGCUAAAUCUUCAACCUGCGAUCAUGCGUUCUUUUUCUCGGGGGAGCGCAAAAGAAAAAGGGAGGUAGGACCGCCUGAUCGCAGGUUAGCUCAAUCUUAACAUCCUCUAAAAAUAACACAAAAUUGCUGAAAUUGCGACCAACAAGUUCAAAUCUUGCAUUCUAAUCAAGUUGCUUUAUGUUUGUUUGUUUAUAUGUUGUGUUUUUCAGCCACAAGUCCACCGUGAGGUAUCGCAGGAGAAACCCCAAGAUGUUUAUGACCCUUGUUUCCUUCUUCCGUUAUUCAGUUGUAUUGUGGCUCCAAGUAAGCAGUUAACCGUAUUUUGGUUUUUUGAUUUAUAAUUCAGUAUGAUAUGGAUUUUGAUCCAUACUUGAAACAAAAGUUUACCUGACAAAUUUCCUGUUUUGUUUUUUUAGUGCGAUUCAAUAGGUGUGAAACUUUACUCUGCAAGAUUUUUAUGUCACGUGAAAAAGUGGCAUUUUUAUAAGGGGAAUCUCUUUAUCAUUUCUUGUGUGGUACUGUUUGUUUUCAGUCUUAGAUAAAUCAGCGGUUCUAAAACAAAAUAGCGUACGUUGACAAAAUUGUUCUGCCUCAUAGAUUACCAAGUGGACUGUCGAAAGUUCGUGGAACAAGGUUGCUUGAGCUUCACCGUGGCGUCUUUGUCAUCACGUGAUACACACGUGCGCCAAGCGGGAUAUCACGUGCUCAGCAGGUUUAUGACGCAUCUUGAAGGUUCAAGGUUCAAGGAGAGAAAACAGGUCAGUUAUUAGCUCCCGAGAAUCAGUCCUGAUACUUUCCCACUAAGCCUGUAGCCAGUUGCGUAGUUCUUAGGUCACUUUCCAUUUGUAAGAACUGGCCGGCUGGACCAUUGCCGCACCAGUCAGUUAGCGAAUGAAAUAGGCUUUUUCCAAAGGGAUUUUGCUGAAAAACCAUCCUCUUCGUGCAUACUAUUUAGGAUUUGACUGAUCUGGCUGGAUAGUUUUGAUUAAAAGUGAAAUGACGGGAAUGGUCUAGCCGGUCAGUUCUGACAAAUAGAAAGCGCCCUUAAAUGUCAGACGUAACAGCUACACCCUCGGACAAAAGCUGUUGAAAUACAUCGCAAACAUGCGUAUUAUUUGUGUCAUCCUGGCAACAAUGGAAACCGUCGUCAAGUGAAUGCCCAUUUACCCUCUUAUCCAAUGUUUAGGAUAACACGAGAAUUAUAGACGUUGGUUUUCAGACCAAAACAACUUUGAAUAGGGGAUGGGGAGGGACCUUUCUUUUUCUGUUUAGAGGAGAUGGUAGUCUGGUGCAAAAAGUUAGAAAAUAGAUGGAGCUGUCUCAACAGUUUUGACCAAGGAUGUAGCUUCCCAAGUGAUGCCCAAUCAGCAGUGUUGCAAUUGUGUUUACUGAAUAGGCCGAUUCCUAGUUGCCAAGUGCAAAAUCUUUCUUGUAAUUUCUGAACGAACUCUUAUCCAGUUCUUUUGUUAACAUGAUCCGUAUUUGUGGUCUUACUUCUCAGAUUUUUCACCUUUUAAAGUGUUUGCAAAAUGGUAUCACAGAAGCAAAUUACCGCAUAUCCAGCUUGAUGACUUGUUUUGUUGCUCGUGUGACUUUUAUUCUGCUGAGACCAGGUACAAAUUUCAACCCUUUUCAUGUUUGAGUUGCCGUACCUGUUUCUAGUUUACAACUUUAACAAUAAUUAUUUAACUUUCCUUUCUUUAUUUAUAAAAAGGUCAUCAUGUACUAAUGAUAAUUGAUUCGGUCUCUUUGUGUUUUGUAUCUUCCUUUUUGUUAAAAAGGUCAUUUUUUAAUUUUCUGUUCCCAGAGCAUCCUUUUUACCUAAUGAUGAACAGCUUUCUGCUGCAAAGACCUGCUUUGGAUAUCCGGGACUUACCUUUGUUUUAUCCCAUGUUUAACAGCAGUACAAUGCAGGUAAGGGGCAGCCUCAGUCUGAACUUUACCCCAUUACAUGAAAUACUUGGCAAGGUUUCGCUUCUGUGAGAAAGCGACGAUUAUAUUGAUUUAUACUGAGUUCCAACCCACCUCAUUGAUCCACCCAGGUCAAAUGUUGGAGACAUUUCUUGUUACGAGGCUGCCUGUGGCCAAGCCCAAUAGCAUUUUCACUGUCACGUGUCUAAAGCGUCUCUCGUUAUUGGGCUUCCUGUGGUAAAGCCCAUUUUCUGGUUUCACGUCAUCAGUUUUAUUUAGCGGGUUUCAUUAAUCAUUACUUGUGGAAACAUGUGCAAGGAUGUAUGUAGAAAUUAAUUAAGUAAUGUGAUUACCUUUGCCUUUUCCUUGAACUUCUUUCCGUGGGAAACGCACGGGUGAAAUUAUGUUGACAAGUGACAUCGACAGUAACAACAGUUUCAGUUUCCAAGCACUUAGAAUUUUUUCAGCAUUCCCUCAAAAAUUAAAUUAAGUUAACAGCAUUUUGGUAACAUCUUAAACUUAAGUACCGUAUUUUCUCGAUUAAACACCGGCCUCGAAAAAAACGCCGGGUUAAAAAAUGCCGAUUUUUUAUUAAACGCCGAGGGCGUUUUAUUGGGGCCCCGGCGUUUGGUCGAGGUCACAAGGACCAGUUUCAAGAAAAUAUUAUGUCUUGAACAGCACUGUUACGACACACCAAUUACAGUAAGUUGUUUUGGUAUGUUAAUAAACGUCCAAAGGAAAAUUAGCGGCGUAACGUAAGUAGUAUGGAUGCUGCACAACAAAAUGUACAGUACCAUAAUACUGUAACUUGUGGUAAUGUACGUACGGUUAUCAUCCGAGCAGAUCCAGGGACAGGACAAAGGGAAAAAUCGCCCCCCCCCCCCCCCCCCCCCCCAAAAAACCCCCCCGGGUCCCCCAUAUCCCGUAAAAACAAAAAACCUAAAAAAAAAAAAAAAGAGUGCCAAAAAAUUUUUCCGCGUCCCAAUGGGAAAAAAACACACACCCUCCCACAUCUUAUUACCAGCCCCAUACACCCUCCUUCCCGAAUGGUAAAAAAAUCCCAAAAAAAAAAUAGGGGCGUAACGGAAGUAAGAUGGAAGCAGCACAAAAAAAAUUACAAGACCAAAAAACUAAAACUUUUGGGAAAUUACGUACGGUUAUCCUCCCAGCAGAUCCAGGGACAGGACAAAGGGAAAAAUCGCCCCCCCCCCCCCCUCACCCCCGAUAAACUGCCCCUGGGUCUCCGAUGAUCGGUAAUAACAAAUCAACUUGAAAAAUGACAGAAAGUUGCAUGAAUAUUUUGCCGAGCUCCAGGUGGAAUAGAACUCACGACCCUCCGAGUUCUAAUUCGGAUGCUCUAACCCCUGAGCUCCUGGAGGCACUAUGGCGAGCAGGGUGAAAAAUUAAUUAUAACUCCACCAGUCAUAGAGGACUGUAUCGGGCACUGGCUCGAAAUCAGUCGUCCAUCAGCGUAUAAGAGAAAGACUGUGUCGCACUUUUAACUCUGCUCAGUCUUCCUCUGUCCUCAAAAUACAGGUAGGAAAUAGGGAUUUUAAGCAACGACAACUGCGACGGUGGUGAAGAGUGAAGUCUCCCAAAAAGUGAAAUCACGCCGUUUCAAAAUUGAUCGCUCUUAUUCCAUGUCAUUCAGUUGGUCAAAUGUUGGUGAAUUUUUCUCGAGUUGAAUUCUGAAGGGCUGUAUCUAAAUUUUAUAAAACGAAUUAGAAAAUAGUUGUCUUGUGUCCACGUCCUCGAGAAAAACGUGAAAUUAGGCAGUUAAGAAAUUUACCAAAAAGCCUGAUGCACGUGCAAAAGUUGUUGUUUUGCUAAUCGAAACGUUUUGCUUUUUUGCCGUUGUCGUUGCCAUCGUCGUCGUCGUUGUUUGAGUCUUGUCCAUAUAAUCUCUCAUAUGAUCACCUCACCUAUCAUGUAAACGUGAUCAAUUUAAAAUGAUAGAUUAUAUGGACAGGCGGGUUACCUCAUCUACUUAGGGUCCCCCAGCUCCAUGUAAACAGGCCCUAAGUCAAAGUUAAUUGUAAUUACACCAAACACCAAACCCUUUUCGCUGUCACUGAAAUUACGCCAUUACUAUUCAAGAAUGCUGAAAACUCGUAUUGAUAUCGCUUUCCUUAACAGCACGUGUCUGAGCGGUCGUGGAUGCUACAGUUGCUUGUAGAUGGAAUGAAAGACAGUCCAGAUUAUUACUUGUACAAACGACGUCACGUGAUUGAACUAGCACUUAGUUACCACGACUCACCAGUCAGCGAUCAGCAUUCUCAGGUGAGCUGAUAGGCCAGGUUCGAAUUAUCAUAAUUCAUACUUGGUUCCGAGGCUGACGGAAAUAAAACAGAAGAAAUGAAUUAUUAAUCUCUGAAUCUCAAUGAGAUUUUCUCCGAUUUAUUUCCCUGUAGAACAGUCAGUAUCAAAUUCCUCCUUGUCAUAACAACGCUUUAUAAAACAGAGUAAGAAAAUGGGAGAUAGCAGGUAUCCAACCCAGUCCGUUCGGCUCCGAAGGUUACGAGUCACUGCACGUACAAGAACAAUAGAAAUGACCUACAUCUGUGCAUUCAUUCUUACGCCGACGAUAGGAGAGCCUUACUGGCUAUAAUCCAGUAAGGGAAUACUCGUGAUGUAGCGUAAAACAAACCAGGAAUUAUUGCCUUUCACGUUUUAGAACAAUUCAGAACAAUUACUGAUAUGACCCUGAUAAAAGGAAGGUAGUGCGCGUAGUGUAACAUGAUAAAGGCCUUCCAGUUACCGGGCUUAGGCUCGUUAAUUGAUGCUGACGUAAUGCUGAUCGUCCAACCUUGGUGUUUAAUUUUCUUUGUUAUAAAUAUUUUUUACCUGAAUCGCGCGGACCGACACAGGUAUCCAUCUGUCACUCGUGUUCAGUGCCUUAAAAGUGAUCAGAAAUGUUCUUUUUUUUUUUCCUUAAAGAACCUUGUGACUGAAUUGUUGCAAUCGACUAUAAAGAUUCAUCCAGCCGCCUACGAUCUAGCCAAAAACUUUAGCAUUGUUGCUUGGAUCCAUUCUCUGUGUUACAAAAGGUAGGUGUAAUAAAUAUUUUAACUUAGUUUGUUAAGGAAGAACUCGUAUAGAGAACAGAGGAAGAAUGAAGCGUGACAUAUGUGUCCGAGAAGAUCGCGCCGAAUAGGGCUGAAUGAUUAUUUUCGUAUAUGUCCAACUUGUGUGAAUCUAAAACAAGGUGCCCAGAUCUUCAAAAUGAGGUUCUGGUUAGCGAUUGAAAAUUACUGUCUGUGCCCCUUUCUUCAUGAACUUUGCUCCACCACGCGCAGGAGUAAGAGAAUCUGCCACAGGGAAUCCAGUAUCUGAGGCUACUAUGAGAUACUAUGAGAGGGAGUGGUGAAGAAUGGGUCUUCUUUAGAAGAGAGUAGGAAACUGGGCCUAGUUACCUUUCGCAAAGACUUCUGGGAUCGUUACCCUGUAAAACUCCCAAAAGUCUUUGCGAAAGUAAACUCAACCCAUUUCGUUUUUCGGUUCUAAUAAUAGAGAGACGAUUUUGCCUCAAAUUAAAGCUUCACGGCGAAAAUAAAACGCGCACUCGAAAACGUUUACUCUAUCUAAGGUAAUGGUGUAAUGGUGAAUACAGAAUGAGUGGGGGCACUUUUUACCCUAAGAAUACAGCCGCCUAUCCUCGCUCCCCCGCGUAUAAGAGGCAGGAUUCGCAGGCUAGGCACUUCUUUUCCCAAAUGAACAUAUCUGUCAAUAAAAGUUAAUUAAAAUACGUUUUAUUCCUAUUUAAGUCCCGAAAGACUCUCCACAAGUCUAAGAUUGCUUCGCACAUUAUGGUUUACAUUGUACAAUGGAAGCCUUGAAAAAAAGAAUGAAAGUGUAGAAGGCAAUAGCGGAAAGGAAUUGCGCCAAGAAUGGAAAGCUGUUCGUCUGCCUCCAAAUGUGGCUCAGGAAUGCUUGUUAGUCUGUUGGACUAUUUUAAAGGAUCUCAGGUAUGAGAGCUGUUUAGGUACGUGCAAACGGACGUAACAACUCCCAACACUGUGUGGAGUUGUUGUGUCCGUGUGAGUGGCUAACAAUGUUAGGACCUGCAGUGCAUGGUGGGAAGUAUAUAACCCAUAAGACUUUGUGAACUCCAUGGAGACCAUGUGUAAUGCGCGUGCGUGGCCCCAACAAUUUUGGAAGAGCUGUGCAAAUGGAUCCAGCAUUGUUGCGCUACCCUUCGGUGAUCACAGAACAAAAGAAAUGUUGGGAGUUGUUGGCUGAAAAAUUUGACCGGUUUCAAACUUUGCGCAACAACACGCAACAACAUCCAACAACAUGCAACGUGGGGUAAUUGACCUAACAUUUAACAUCCAACAAUGUUGGGAGUUGAUGGUCCGUUUGCACGUAGCCUGACACAUAAACUCAGGCAAAACGUUCCUCAAAGACAGGGAGUGCAUUUGUACGAGCGUUUUCUUUUUGUUGUUGUUGUUGUUGUUGUUGUUGUUGUUUAUUCUCCUUUUCGGCAUUUUGCUGUAUUGUAAAAAUUUUACUUUUGUCAUUUAAAACUCAGUGGGAAAGCCAAAUGUAAAUAUUGAAGAAUUGACGAAGUGGAUUCUGGUGACGGAUGUAGUAAAAUGUCGUCGUCGUGGAAAUGGCCCGUUGAGAUUUCUGAUACUCAUCACAUUGUUUCCUUGAAUUUUUCCAGAUCGCGACACAAUGCAAGUGAUACUUUUACCUACUUAGAACUGCUCGCAUCCAUCACUAGUUAUCUGGCAACCACUGAGCAGUCUUUUGGCUUGUCACGUGAUCGUGUAGUGAGCUUGCUAUGCUUGUGGAGUGCGUCGUUUGAUGAGACCAUGUUUCUCAAACAGCUGCUCUCAUCCUUAAAAUUCAGUCGAGGGUGCGACAGUUCUGGCUCCAAGAACUCACCUUGCGCUGAUUCUGAUUACAGAAAAGCCAAGACAGACAGUUUAUCUUCGUUAUUAACGAUACUCACAAAAUGGAAGCCCUCUCCAGGCGAAGGAGCGAGGCAAACGGUACUCCUUGUUUGGUGGUUUGGUUUGGCGUGCUCUGCUAAGUCAUAUAUGGACCAAGAGACUGAUAACGUUUACUUUCAAAGCGGUAACAACGAUACUGGAGAUCGCCUCCUAUCACUUCUUCUUUGGUUCAGAAAAUGUAUCUUGCGGGACCGGGAAUUUCAAGAUCACUUAAUACACAACCCCACAACAGGCAAAACCCUUAUCUUGCAACUUUAUCACGUGGUGUUGUCGCAUAACAAGGCAGGCCUGUUGCAAAACACGGAGGGUCGAGGCAUUUCUUCAUAUGAAUUAGUAAAUGAAGUAAACUUGGUUUGUUUGGUUUUGUUUACUGCUGUCAAGCGCCUUCUUAAACAAAACACAAAAAGACCAACGUCAUUGCAGCCAGCAAUUUUCCAGCUUGUGUCACAGGAACCCUACAGUAGCAUUAUCAGCGAAGGGUUGGAGAAAGUGAUUCUCCCGUUACUUCCUGACCCCCGUGGAGAAAUGGAACAAGCUAGCUGCCUUCCUGUGCAAGGUGGGUAGAAUCUUUUAACCGUAAGGAAUAGGCCAUUUCCGAGUUUCUCCAAGCCUCUGUUUCAAAGCGAGGCUAAGUGCAAAGCAACUGAUGUCUUAUUGUCAUGCAACUAAAACUCAUUUCCCAAGAUGAAUUCUGCACUUAGCCUCGUUUUCAAAAAGAGGGUUUUUGGAACUCGGAAAUGGCCUAUCCUAGCGCGCUACCGACUCAGCUACUCUAUUUUUAUAUAUAAGAAUGUUGUUUUUCCGGCCCAGGCUCAACAUUCUCAUUUGUCUGCCGAUUUUAGGCUGAAAAUAUUCUUCUUGUAUUAUUCUUAAAUUAUAGCUUAUGACCUUUCCGUUUUAAAAUAUAUUGGGGGUAUGAAUUAUCGUAAGUGCAGGUUUUUUCGUUUUGUAAGCUAGUUUUGCCGUUUUGACAAAGGAUUAAGUCAAAAAACAUAUUAUUGGUAUUGUAUUUACAGAUUUCAAUACACAAAAUUAUGUCCGUUUCAAAGUCUCAGCCUGUGGUUUAUUCUUACGACAUUCUUAAAAUUUCGCAAAUUUCAGCCUCGGUAUGUUUAUAAAUAUAUUCUUACAGAGCGUAAUUAGGCAACAGGGACCUGGAUUCUGCAGAUUUGUCGCACCCUAAUUCUUUUCCCAACGUUUAUUUCAAACUAGUACUUCUCUUGUUUUGUUUCAGAUGGUGUUUUGCUAGACUUGGUCUACCUAUUCAUGCAAGACUUUUGGACGGAGAGGCCCAUUCCACGCCAAUUCCUCUCAUUCUUGCUCAGCCACAGUGACACUGGGUGCCCUGUGGUAGAUUCUCUUACCCUUGCACUUGGUGGAACAAACGUUAUAAAGAAAUGGGCACAGAAACAAGAUGUUUGA